AUGGCUUCCUACCUUGUUACCGGUACUUCGCGCGGCAUUGGUCUUGCUCUGGUCAAAGACCUAGUUGCUAAGCCUGCCUCGGAAGUGUCUAUAGUCUUCGCUGCUGCACGUACGAAGACGGAUGCAUUGAAAGAAUUGAUUGAGAAUUCCGCCGGCCGCAUCGAGUUUGUCUCUAUUGAUGUGACAUCCGUUGAGAAAGUAAAGAAGGCAGCCGACCAAGUUGAGAAAGCUCUCGGAGGGAAAGGGCUGGACGUUCUUAUCAACAAUGCCGGCGUAUUGAACUUCACUCCCGGUGGCAUUGAGACUAUGACCGACCUUGAGUGGACGUUCAAUACUAAUGUGGCCGGCACCCACCUUGUUACAAGGACAUUCCUCCCACUUUUAAGGAAAGGUGCUUUGAAGCAGGUCUUCAACAUGUCCACGACCAUGGGUUCCAUUGGGAUGGCAGCAAACUUCAAGCCUGCUCCUGCACCGGCCUAUAAAAUCUCCAAGGCUGCCCUUAACAUGCUCACAGUGCAAUACGCCCAGUCCCUCGAGGAAGAAGGGUUCACUUUUGUUGCCAUCUCCCCUGGUUGGGUGAAGACCGACCUAGGUGGCGAACAUGCUUUUUUGACCGUUAGCCAAAGCUCCGCUGCAGUGUUGAAGAUCUUGUUUACCGCCACCAAGGCAGACAAUGGAAGGUUUCUCAAUGUCUUGGUCCCUGGCUGGGAGGUUACUGAUGGCCCUGAGAAUUACGACGGAGCUCAGCCUCCCUGGUAA